AACGUCGUCUACCUUUAAUUCUAAACGACGCCUCUCAGUAUCUUGAGGCAACUUGGGAAGUCCGACUCCCUUCCUGCUUCAUCGUUGAACCGCGAGAUCGAGUAGCGUCUCUUUCUUUCUUGGAGCGAUGGAGUUUCGUGUUUACAGCGUUUUGAGCUUGUUUGUGAUCUUUUUUCUCAUCUCUCCUCGAGCUAGGAGUGAGGAUUCGGGUUCGGUUUUCUUCAUUGAUGGCACUGACCAUCAAUUCCUUCGCACGAGAUCGUCCGACCAUGAAGUUGAGAAUCCAUCAUUGUUGCUUCAGGAAGUUGGUGCCGCUGUAUCUAUUUUACUUGGUUUUGCACCUUCUUCCAGCCUUUCAGCUGCUGGUUCAUCCAAGUUGGAUGCGAUCCUUGUUCCCAAUCCAUUCAAUAGGCCCCGUGCCGUGCUUUUGCUGGAAGUGAAUGGAAUUAUCGACCAUAAACAAAUUUCCCAAUAUAACAAUAUGUUCAGCAAUGCAUUUAGAAGCACAAACAUUCUUGGUUCAGACAAAGUUGAGAUUCAUUUUCCAGAUGAAGAUGAUGUUUCUUUGGUUCUCUUGGAUGAACUGUCAGAAGAUUGCACUGAAAAAGAAAUUAGUGCUUAUGCAUCUAUGAUGGGUGGAUCAUACGCUCCUGAUGCCCAAGAGCCAUUAAAUGGAGUCUUGACCAUCCCUUUGGCAAAUGGUGCAAUGAUGAAAUUGCAUAUGUCGAAGAAAUCAGAAAGGGAGUAUAUAAUGGCCAUUCUAUCUCUGGUUCGCAAUGUUGAAAGGGCAAUCCAAAUGCAUGACGACUUAUCACAGAGUCCAUGGAAUCCGGCAGAGUUGUUGAUGGGAUGCUUCAGUGGUAUUAAGGCCUUGCAAGAGCAAAAUGGAGCUGAAAGUAUUUUUCAGGAUGGGGUGGAGCUGUUACUUGCUACUUUAACCAAGAUACUUGGUUCACUGCAGGAAGCUUACAAAGGUCAAAUUGUGGGAGUUAUCUACUCUCAUUCAAGGACUACUCAGGAGCUAGGUAAGACACUUGAUGUUGUGUUUACCUCUCACCAUGCUGCUCGAUUGUUGGUGGAAGAUAAAGCAUUGAAUGCAUCACUUGCGGAAGUGGUGCUGGUCAGGCGAACCCUCGCAUGGGUAACGGGAUUGAUUUUGCUGCUCUCAACUCUGAUAGGGAUAUACUACCUUUUGAACAUGCCACUCACAAGGGACACCCUCCUCUAUUCUAAUGUCAAGCUUGACUAAGCAAGGAAAGCUUCAUGACAAAUAUUUUCACCCAAAAAGAGUGGAGGACUAGGUUACCGUUGAACGUAGUUAUGGAGGCUUUUUCUAGAUGCCUCCUAGCCAUCUGCGUCCCUGAUUACAUUAUUGUCUUUCGAGCAAUAGCAUGUUGUAUUUAGGUAUCGGUAACUAGUUGAAUCAGAAUUUGGCUCUAUCGAGAAGUUCAUUACUAGAUCGAAAGACAUUGCAUUGUGAAGCUUGCUUAUUCAGUUUGAUAGAUUUGUGGUCAUCGCGUACAUUAAAGUAAUAUAAUUUUUGUUUAUUAUUAUUGUUCAGUUGUUAAGUAAUAAAAUUUCACGGAUCCUGCAUCCUAUGGCUUCA